CAUAUAAUAAACCAGAAAGCGAAGCAAGCAACGAAGACGACCUCACCAGCUUCCAGAGAGAGAGAGAGAGAGAGAGAGAGAGGACGGAGAUUUGGAGGUUCAAGUUUUGUUUGAAGAAUUAAUUAUUUCGGAUUUUUGAGAUUUUAAAUUCGUAAUUUCCAUUGUUGAGCUUCAUGGAUGAGAUCAUGGCGAGCUACAUGAUUAGAGCUCGUGGUAUAGUGUAGCCGGGAAUUUGGAGCCGGCGAGGAAGCGGAAUGGUGGUGUGAGGACGAAACAGGCGGGAAGAGGGUCGUGUCGUGGGAGUUAGGCCGGAAUACAGCAGCCGGAUUAUGUACCAAGUCCGGCAGUGAGGUACUACUGUUGGUUGCUUUUCGUUGUUUGCGUUAGUUGGUUGUUUAUAUUAGAGGUUCCGAUUUCGUCGCCGGAGAGAUGGGGCUUUUGUUGAGAGAAGCUCUGAGGUUUCUCUGCGGCGUGAAUAGAUGGUCGUAUGCGGUUUUCUGGAAGAUCGGUUGCCGGAAUCCGACGCUUUUGGUUUGGGAAGAAUGUUAUUAUGAACCUGCACGGUAUUCCCCAGAAAGUCGCCUUUCUCAGCUUGGGUGUCAAGUGGAUGAAGUCUGUUCUCUGGUUAACAAGAUGACGAUAAAUAACCAGAUCCAUGUUGUAGGAGAAGGAAUAGUUGGGAGGGCUGCUUUUACAGGAACACAUCUAUGGAUUCUUCAGGGAAACUGCAUUGGAGAAGGCCAUCCAUCAGAGGUUCUGGCUGAAGUGCACCACCAGUUUUUGGCUGGCAUGCAGACAAUUGCAGUCAUUCCUGUACUUCCGCAUGGAGUUGUUCAACUUGGUUCCACCAACGUGAUAAUGGAGGAUGUGGGAUUUGUGAACAGUGUGAAGAGUCUAUUUCUCCAAAUAGAUGGUGUGCCUGGUUCUCUUUUAUCUGAUAACUAUACAAAGCAUGAACCUAGCCAGGAUAUUGGAGCUGUCACCUCUCUUGGAACGCAUCUCUCGGCAGAAUCAGAUGCAAAUUCAUCUUCCAAAAUAGAAGAGUUCAUGCAACUUAUCGGUGACAACUACAACAACCAACAAAUUCCCAUAUUUCAGGCUUCAAGGCUUGUUGGUCAAUCCACUCAUUCUUUAAAUACACAGGCUCAGGAAAACUUGCAAGCUAAUACUUUGUCAUCACAAACACCCCAUAACAUGACCCCAGCUAUGACCAAACCUCAUAGUGACCUCUUCCGGACAAAUGUUCUUCCAGCAUCAAAAGUAGAUCUUCCUCUGAGAAGUCAAGCAGAUGCAAGAGCCACAAGUGCCCAAGUUAUCCUCUCCAAUCAAGAUGCCAUGUUAAACCAGCAGUCUUCUGCGUACAACUCAAGAUCUGGAUUCAAUCAAAAACCUAUAGGUGAUCAAUCAGGUGUAACUAGUAAUGGCUUAGCAUUGAUAGAGCAACAAAUCCUGUCAGAUGGUGGGUUACUGGAGCCUGAAAAUAAUGGUCUAUCUGUGCCCCAUGGCAUGGAUGCACGACUAGGAUCAGAUAGAGCUGUAGUCCUUAAUUCUCUGAAGGAUUCUGUUUUAGCCUCAUUGCUUGGGGGAUGUGAAUUACCUAAAGCUGGAAAUGUUCUUCAGACCCUAAUUUCGGUUCCGUGUAGGUUGGCUGAGAGUAAUUCCUCUCGUCCACCUCAAGAAGGGAAUCGUCCUCAGUUUGUUAAUUCGUCUAACAGUAGAGUUGUUUCAGUACCAAGCCAAGCAAAUCUGUCACAUAGUAGUGGAGUUCUUCCCAGUAGUUCCCAUCAUUACCAUCUCACUUCUGAUGAUGAGCAUAACAAGACUGAGUUUCCUGCAGGGCAACAGGGAGUAGACUUAUUUCAAGCCCUUCAUCUUCCAUCUGUUCAUCUUGAAAAUUUUUCUAGAUGUAGGCCUAUGCCUGGUUUUAUUGAUGAUUGUUCUACGAGUGGUCAGAAGCAUGAUACAGGAAAUUCAAUAUCCCAAAGUGUUGUCUGUGAAGAUACAUGUGUUCUACCUGCUUUAGGGGAGGACUUAUUUGAUAUCUUGGGUCUAGAUUUUAAAAGCAAACAGGCAUAUGGUAGUUGGAAUGAUGGGCCAAAUUCAAAUAGACAGAGUUUCAAUACAGAUGCUUCUACAUGCACAACUCAGCUAGAUGCUAGGUCUAAUUUUUAUUCAAUGAAUGAUGGUAUCUUAGAGAGUGGAAUUUUCUCUGAAUCUGGAGCUGACCAUCUGUUGGAUGCUGUAGUAUCAAAAGUUCAUUCUUCUGCUAAGCAAAAUUCAGAUGAUAAUGCAUCAUGCAGGACAACAUUGACAAAGAUAAGUAGCUCUUCAGUUCCUACAGAAUCUUUUACAUACAGCCGGGUUGAUCAGUCUGAUCAGAGGAAAGUUGAGAUGUUUGGUGUUCCUCCACCUCCUUCAAAACCAGAGAUAGUGGGAUCUAGCUCAUUUAAAUCUGGAUGUAGUAAAGAUAAUGCUGGAGAUUCUCAAGUUAAUUCUUUCUAUAGAUCACCAAUGAGUUUAUGGGUUGAAGAUGGCAAUAAUUUAAAGCGUGAAAAUAGCUUUUCAAAUGCACAUUCUAAAAGACCUGAUGAAGUGGGGAAACCAAAUCGCAAAAGGCUUAGACCUGGGGAGAGCCCUAGACCGAGGCCUAAAGAUCGUCAAAUGAUCCAAGACCGUGUGAAGGAGUUGAGGGAAAUUGUACCAAAUGGAUCAAAGUGUAGCAUUGAUGCUCUACUUGAACGCACAAUCAAGCACAUGCUUUUCUUGCAAAGUGUGACAAAGCAUGCGGACAAGCUAAAGCAAACUGGGGAGUCCAAGAUAAUCAACAAGGAGGGAGGAUUGCUCUUGAAAGACAAUUUUGAGGGAGGGGCAACAUGGGCCUUUGAAGUUGGUUCACAUUCUAUGAUCUGCCCAAUCAUUGUAGAGGACCUAAAUCCACCUCGUCAAAUGCUUGUGGAGAUGCUUUGUGAAGAACGGGGAUUGUUUCUGGAGAUUGCUGAUAUAAUUAGAGGGUUAGGGCUGACCAUUCUGAAGGGAGUAAUGGAGGCCCGAAAUGACAAGGUCUGGGCACGAUUUGCAGUUGAGGCAAACAGGGAUGUGACAAGGGUGGAAAUAUUUCUUUCGCUGGUGAGCUUGUUAGAGCAAACCGUGAAGAACGGUUCAAUACCAGCCAAAGGCAUUGACAAUGGCACAAUGAUAGCACAUAACAACUUCCACCAAGCUUCCAUUCCAGCAACUGGUCGGGGGGAUGGCUUGCAGUGAACUACCUCGUAAUGGUUCUCUUGAUUCCGGCGUGUUUCGAGCAGGCUUGAACUUGAUGUUGGUCUGCCAUGACUAGCAUGAAUUCCGGCAUCUCAGGUGGUUCUAAUACUGAGUUGUUAGACUGAUUUUGCAUUUUGUGAACCCGGCACUAACUGACCUCUAGGGGAGGAGUGGUUUAGGGUGGGUAAAGCUCCUCAACAGCGUGGAUAGGGGCAAAUUUGCCUUGCAUGUUUUUAGGACCUAGAAACUAAAGCCAUAUUAGGUCUGGUAUAAAGAAAAAUAUAUCUGCAGGUUCUUGAUAGCAUAGCACAGUGACAGUGGCCAGUGGGUGCCCUUGUUUAUCCAGAGAUGAGAUAAUAGAACAAGGCGGUUGUUUUCUUUUCUUUUUGGGGGAAAAAGUCUGCUUAGAUAGUAGUCCCCCACUCGCCGAACUUGGGGGUACGGAUGCAGUGGCUCUGACUAUUGUAGUUUUUUGGUUAGUCUCCUUUGUUGUAGCUGCUUGUUAAAUGUAAAUUAAGGGUGGGAAAUGAAAAUUAAAGGGCUGAGGUGUAUAUUUUAUCAAGCCUCUGCUUUAGGGAUCUUUUCUUAGAUUAGCUUUUUAAUCUCUCUUUCUCUCUCUCCGAGCCAAAUGCUAGUGUUUUGUAUCCUCAACUAUGGUUUUUGGGUUGCCCAGCACAACACAGCUGAAAUCCCGAUAAUUAAUUAUUCCCGAUACUUGAAGGGAAUUUGCAUA